AUGUCUCACUCGGACAUGGACCACGGCCACAGCGACCACAGUAUGCCCGGUAUGCCAGGCAUGGGCGGUGAUGAGCCCAUGUGUAACAUGAACAUGUUAUUCACCUGGGACACGACCAACCUCUGCAUCAUCUUUCGCGGCUGGCGCAUCGACGGCACCUUGUCCCUCAUCCUCUCCCUCCUCGCCAUCGUCCUGCUCACGGCUGGCUAUGAAGCCGUGCGCGAAAUGUCGCGACGAUACGAGGCGUAUACACAGGGAGUGGUUGAGGGAAGAAGGAGUGGGGAUGUUCGAGGUGAAUCGAGCUCAUUACUUGGCCCAGGGCGUAACGCUGGGAAAGCGGAGCAGCAACACAAGAUUGUGAAGGCGGCGCUGUAUGCCGUGCAAGUCUUUUAUUCCUUCUUCGUCAUUCUUCGAGCACGAAAUCAGUUGCGUGCCAUUGAACAGGUUGCAUGUGCAGAUGAAGUACUUGGAGUUCGGUCAACAGUUUGGGCAACACAUUCUGUGGAGGAGGUGUUGAAUGGAGAGGCUACUCUACAUCACACCGGUCUUAUUCCCGUGGAUUGUGGACCGCAGCGGCGUUGUAACAUUGUUGGUGACUUUCACCAAGGUUAUCGAUUGAAGAUCGCGGAGUGGACGGAGGAUAGACCUCGGUACACGUUGUCGUAUUACCGGUACUGGCAGUCUCCGAGUUGA